GCGCCUCGAGCGGCAAGGCUUCGACUCCCCCAGGGCAGCUUUGGGCUUCCAGGAUAGCAACUUCCUGGACAAAGCUUCAGCGGCACAAGAGUUCAUAGCGCGGCUCGCAGUGGGCGUCUUCCCACGAGGUGCCAUCAACAAGCAGGCCAUGAAGGACUACCGCGCUGCCUUGGUGACGGCCCGCGUGAACGGCUUCGGCAUUCGCAACUUUCUGCAGACGCAAUGGGGCUACAAGGCCAUCGGAUUGGAUUUUUUGGGCGUGGACAGUCUCUAUCACACCACCACGGAUGGUCUUCCUCGGCUGGCGAUUCGGGAGUGGGACACCAUGACAGACGGACCUCUGGGCUACAAAAUCUGGCGCUGGUUGCUGCUCGCCCAGCCAGAGAUCUUGUUGGACUCGUUGGAGAACCUUUUGGAAGUGUUCAUCACCACCUUUGCCAAGCACGGGGGUCAGCAGCUGGACAGAGAGGCUCUCCUUUGGCAAGUUCUCCUGGCGGCAGCGCUCCAGUCGGUCGAGCUGUUGGAUGCUGUGCCGCUGCUCUUGGAGAAGAUUCCGCGAGAGGGCUGGCAGAGCAUGAAGUCCCUGGAAGAUCCCAGGCUUCAUGAUGACGAUGGCCGAGCAAGCGAGCUCUGGCUUACCGUGAAGGCUUUUGUGCACAUAGCCCUCGUCACUCAGCGAUAUGCCCUGGUCGCCAGGCUCGAGAAGGGAGCGCCUGAAAUCUUCGCGACGAACAUGCUGAUUCAGAACAACCGGGGAGGUGGCAACAAGCACUUGACGCCCUACUUUCUCAAAUCUGACGGAGCUCAUGAGCUCCGGGCCAAUGCUACGGAGACCUCGGAGCUGUUGGCGCUUCUGUCGCCCGGGACGCCCGGGUGUGCGGUGCUAGCGACCCAUGAGCAGGAAAUGGUGAUGACCGGCAACGCACAAGGCUGGGCACAGCUGGCACUACCUAUCCCCGGCUUUGUGGACCUUGCGGCUUUGCGUCUCUGUUCAUGGACGGACCUACCCACGGCCAACGAUGAGGUCCAGCCUGAGUUCGAGUUUCUGGCCCUCAUGUACCACACAAGGCGCCAGUACACUGGAAGUAAUGGCCCUCUCUUCAUGGACGAGAUUUCUGCGAAGAAGCUGCACGACGAGAUCCUCACGCGUGAGAAAGUGAGUCGCAUGGUCACUCGCCUGGGCCUGGGCAGUGCAAGUGUGGUCCACGGGAGCUUCCUCGCGAGCACCGAGCGAAUGCCCUGGUGGCCGAGUGCUUAUCAGGACUGGGCCUACCACUCCUUCAUCCUCUUCGAAGAUGGCACAAUCGCGGAUAUCACCGCCGACUUGUUCGACACCUCGGUGCCCCAGCUCUGGUUCCCUGCAGAUUCGGCUCGCUACGACCGCAGCAGCCACCGUGCAGAAGAAGCACGUUUCGCAAGGCAAGUUCUCGUCGGCCUGGACAACUGGCGACAGUCCGUCCUGGACCAUCGCGCGAAGAGUCAGGCGAGACGGUCUGAAAGCCGUGCGCCUUACGAUUGGUGGGAUGCGGAGAUGAAAGGAGGCUUCGAUGUCCGCAAUGGUCAGAGCGGCCAAGUGCUCCGACAUGGGAAGACAUUGCCUUUGCCGAGCCCGACGAGGGUGGUCUCCGCGGCCGGACGCCGGGUCGUCUUCCGGCGCCUUACCGGGGAGGAGGAGUUGGACGUCACACUUGUGGAAGGUCUCUUUGAGCCCUUCGAACUCGAAAAGCUCCUUGGCUUCUGCGAGCAGCGGCAGGGCUUCACGGCCAGCCUGCAAAAGGUUACGGUUCCGAGGCCGUGCAAUGUCUUCGCUAAUGCGGCGACUUUCUCCGAUGCUUGGCAGCUGCAGCCCAUGAGAAGAGGCACCGCUUUGGCAACAUGGCGUGGCCGUCGCAAGCAGAGCAUGGGAAAGCUGGCGACGCGCGGCACGGGCUGGAGCCAGAAGGAUGCUUCAGCCGCGGUUCUCGUUACCGGCACUGCUAUCGGUGGAGGUUUCUUGGCUUUGCCCUACACCUCUGCACCGUCCGGUUUUGUUCCUUCGGCCGUGGUGAUGCUGAUUUCCUGGGCCUUGCUUCUCUUCCAGGCUCACGUCGUCACCGACCUGCUCGUGGAAGAGUCCCGUCGCUCUGGCCGUGUGGUAAGUUAUGCCACCCUCGCAGAACGACGCCUCGGACCCGGAGGACGUGCUGUAGUGUCCUCGCUCUUCUUGCUUCUCAUGAUGGCCACGCUGGUGUCGCAGUUUGCGAAAGCCGGCUCCCUGCUCUCCGCCUUGACGGGGCUCCCGGAAGCAGCGAUGAGUGCAGCACUGGCCGCGGCGCUGUCAGCCCUCACAUGGAGAAGCUCUUCCAGUACCACCGCCAGCGUGAACGGGUGGCUAACGCUAGGCUUCGUCAUCGCCUGUGUUGCGCUCUUCGCUGUUGGCGUGCCGCUGGCUGAUUGGAGUCGCCUGAACCGGGCGAGCUGGCUGGCUUGCCUGCCAUCCUUUCCCACCAUUUUGCAGCUCUUCGUGUACCUGGAAGUACUCCCGACUUUGGGUACGCUCCUGAAGAUGGAUGCACAGCGCAUGAAGCGAGCUAUUCUGAUUGGCUCGGUCCUGCUGCUGAUUCUGGAACUUGCUUGGUCCGGGCUUGGCUUGGGGCUGGUGCCCUUCGUCCGCGGUUUGCGCGCCGACCCGGUGGACGUGCUUCUCGGACAAGGCGGUCCUGUCUCUGCAGCCGUGCUCCUCCUGGGCUGCUGUGCAGUUAGCACGACCAUUCUGGGAACGAACCUCGCCCUGCGCUCGUUCUUCUGUGAUGGGAUUCCGAAGCGGGUUUCUGUGUGGGCGUUCGUUGCAGCGUCUGUGCUGCCGGCGGCCGCAAGCUUGUCGCCGGAUGCAUUCUUCGGUGCAAUCGACUUCGCAGGGGCGUACCCUGUGACUUUGCUUUGGGGCUGCGCACCGCCGCUGAUGGCGUUGGCCGGCAAGCCACGCAGCAGGAGACAGGCUAUGCUGCUGAAGCUGAUCCUGGUUGCAUCCGUGGUAUCGGUUGCAAUCUGUGCUGCACAAGAUGUUGGGAGACUGUUGGGCCUUGAAGCAGCUGCGCGAUGGGCGUGA